AAAUAGACACAAGUUCAGACAAAAUAGAUUUCAAGGAUUUACAAAGGAGACGAUCAGGUACAGUUGAGGUAUAUCCUACCACGAGCUCUCCGCCGAGGGAUGAAGUAAUAAAGAAGUGGCAGGUUGAAAUCACCAAGACGAUACCUAUGGAAUCAGAAGAGGUCGGCAUAUUCUCCUCAUCUUGUUGUUACGUCAUCCUAUACUCAUACCGUGACAACGUGAGGCAGCAUCACAUGGUCUACUUCUGGCAGGGGUUGCGGAGUAGUUUGGAUGUGAAGGGAGCCUCUGCCAUCAUGGCUCAGAGGAUAGACGAUCAGGAGGCGGCCGGCGGCGCUCUCCAGAUACGAGUACUGGAGGGUAAGGAGCCGCCCAUGUUUCUCCACAUGUUAACUGGUCGGAUGGUUGUGUUUAUGUAUAAAUACAACACCUGGGGUGAUAUUACACAACGGAAGCGUUUGUUCCAAAUCCGUGGCAGCAGUAGAGAGAAGAUCCGGACGAUCGAGGUUGAGCCGUCUUCAUCAUCUUUAAACUCUCAAGAUACAUUCCUGUUGAUGAACGAUCAGAAGACCGUCAUCUGGAAAGGACAGCUGUCCAACAGCUGUGAACAGAGCCUGUCACGUGACAUGGCAGGGUACCUAGCGCCUGAAAACAUCAUCGAGUGUAUAUCUGAGGGAGAGGAAACGGACGACUUUUGGGAGGCACUCGGAGGAAUAUGUGAAUAUGCAAAAUGUCAUAAUAAUCCAGGAACAGAAUGGUUUCCCCCUAGACUGAUGCAGUGCUCAAACGCGACGGGUAGAUUUAGGGUGGAGGAAAUACUAGAAUUCACCCAACAGGAUCUGUGUGAAGGCGACGUGAUGCUACUCGAUACUCACCAGGAGGUACGUGGAUCAUGUUGUUGCAUCUAA